AUGCUCAACGUGGCGGUGGUUUCGACGGGGGUGUACUGCGUGGCAGUGGUGGCGGAGCGGGAGCUGGGUUUGGGCAGCGGCGGCGGCAUCGCCCCGGGCGGUCUGGCUGCACCUGGCAUCAUGAUGCGAAACGACAACGACGACGACAACAUCAUCGUCCUCGACCACAUUCCUGCCGAUGUUGCAGGCCAAUCUGUGGGUUUCCUCAGCGGCGACGCGUUGUACAACGAGCCCGCCGUGCAGGUGCCCAUGGGCAUCCAGUUUGGCGGCGUCUACGAUGUCGAGCAUGGCAACCUCCAACGAUGGUAA